GUAUUGUAUCAGUCCCGUUAAUAAUGAUAUGUUGGAAUCUGUUCUUACCUGCAUGGUCACACAGUUAACUGUAUAUACUUAUGUGAUUGAUUCAACCGUUCGAUUCCCGCUUAAUGAUUACGAUAACAGUAAUACCAGGGAAUUAAUCACUAGUAAAGGUUCUUAUACUUGCUCGAUUUUAGUAAUCCCAGUGAUGUAUCGGAAUUAUAUUCAUUGAUGCUUAGUAAAUGCCUAAUGUCCUACCUAAAAGUUUACAAAAUUUUCCUGGUGUGAUAGGACAGUUCAAUUUUCUCAAAUCUAUGUCAUGUACAACGUUAUAAGAACUAAUCAUAUCACAUUCGCUCUUUAUUAUCUCCUUCAACAUUAUAUUUUAUGGAAGUUCUCUACGAUACUGGUGGUUCUACUACCUAAGAAUGUUGUACUUUAUUUUGUCAUACAAAACGUCAUAACUAUUCUUUCCCUCUGUUCACAUUUGCAACCAUCACUACUAAUAUGAUGUCUUUACUUGGGAACCCUUAAAUCUCCUACAAAUAUGACAUCGUUCAAUUGUUUCAAAAUUCACGAUGCAGACAAUUUUACCGCACAUACUACGAAAACAAAUAAUUCAGAAGGUAACAUAUGCACUUCUGAAAAUGCCAAUAUUACUAAUAGUAAAUGUAAUCAAUCAAUAUCUUCUGUAAAUAAUACAAUCAUUUCAACAACUGACAGUUUACUAAAUUCUAGAGAUGUAAACCCUAAAAUCCCAAUAAGUUAUUCAUCUUAUUCACGUGGAAGUAAUACUCUGCUACGGUGUACACCACACUUUCGUCACUCCAGUUUAUCAUCUUCUGCAUUUGGAACAUGUAUGCCAAGUAAUAAACGUGAUGAUCAUUGUAAUAGUAACAACAAUAAGGAAAAAAUAUCUACAACUCCAUCUACGGGCGUACAGUUCAGCCGUAACUGUUUUAGAUAUUAUCCUAAUCGAAUACGUAAACACUUGGAGUCUGCUGUGACAAAAAAUGACCAAUUGUUGCGUUCAGUAACAUCUGCUGAUUGUUGUCCUGUACAAUCAGGUCCUGAAAUCUAUGCUACCAGUAAUUCUAUGAACAGUGGCAGUGGUCUAGUUCGUAGUCAAUCAGAUUCUACGUGUUUAUCACUAAAAGCGAUAAGUAAUGAAAAUUACAUUGAUGCUGAAGUAGAUCAAGAAAUCGGAGCACAGACUAAUAUUGCUGAUUGUAGUAACAAACGUGUAAAUUAUAUGUCAGAUGACUCGGCACAAAGUUCCAAUAUUUCGUCUUGGGAAAUGAACAACAGUGCUUCAUUAGAUGGGAGUAAUUCCAUUGAUAAAUAUAACUUAGAAGUUAAUAAUAAAUGUACAUCAUUGCUACCUUCGUUAUUAUUAUCUUUAUCGUCGUCAUUGUCAACACAGUUGAAUUUCCGUAAGGCAAAUAUAACUGAGACUCAAGAGAAGUUAAAAAUAGAAACAGGAGAAGAAAGAGAUGACAGAAGUCAAGACGAUGAUGUGUUAGCUAGUUUUAUGCGGAAUUCAACUAUCGGGUCUAUACCAAACAGUGGAUUUACAUCGGAAUUAUCGAAUUACUGUGGUACCUCAAAUAAGUCAUCAACAUCAGCUGUUUCUCACCAACAGCAAGGAGCCAGACUAAAGUGUCGGACUACGCCUAAUAACCUAUCAACUCCGACAACUCCAAGUCGAAGUUACCAAUUAAUAUGUCGUAAUGGAAUACAGAGUUACUCUCUAGUUAUAGAAAAACCUACGGGACACUCUACUUCCCGUGAAAAUCUUGAUUUCGUUGAUCAAAAUUCGGGAACUUCUAUCUGUCUUCAUAAUACUCAAUCGUCCAACUGUUGUUUAUCCAGCAACUGUGAUCCAGAUCAUAACAGGUUGUGUAGCAAUGGACAAUCUACUUUUCCAGAUCACUUAUUUAGUCAACAUCAAUUCGGUACCGUAACACCUGGUUAUUUGACCAAAUCUUAUGAAAUUACAAAUCAAUCUGAUUUAGAAAAAUCUCAGUCUUCUGUUGACGCACACAUUCAACCAAUUCUUCAGUACUAUGCUGGGUCUCAAAAUAGUAGUCCUGCUAAUUUAUAUUCCAUAAUUUCUACAUCUAAAGAGUGUUCUUCGCAUCCUAUUCCAUUGGAUGAAAUUUCCACAUCAAAUGUUAUCAAUGCUUCUCAUUCUAGUCAAUGUCAUCCUGUAUAUUCUGAUUCACUUGAUAUUCUUAACAACAGUAUUACUUAUCCUAAAACACUUGGAUUGCAUCCGGAACCUAUUAAUCUAUUUUCUCAGGUUAGUCAAUCAUCAACAGGUUCAACAACAACCACUACCACAACAACUUCGAGUAACACAACAGAAAAACCAACUGCUCCAUUGCCAUCUCGUAAGCAAAGACCUUUAUCCCCUUCUUUAUCAACUACUUCCAUCACUGGAGUUAUAAAUUCGAAUACUAUUACCAAUAUGCAUCAAAACCAUACAAAUAUAAGUUCAGUUGAUCAUCAUCAUCGACAACAACAGGAUUAUACUCCUAAAUUACAACAUAACAAUACUAUAGCAGCUGUUAACACUAAUAUCCAGUCACGUAUUUCAUCUAAAUCACAGGGCGCAUUACACUAUCAACAAAUUAACCCGUAUCAAAAUACACCUAAAUUAGUCGGUGGAUGGCCAUUAUCUUCAAGCGCUGGGAAUCGUCCUCUACUGACUAAUAAUAACACUAAACUUGAUUCUCAUCAAACAAUUGCUAAUUCAGAUCAGUUUAUUACUGGGACUAGUGGUGAUAGGAUUAUAAACUAUUACAAUAACAAUAGUAAUUACAUUCAUAACGCUGGUAUUUCUAAUACUACUGUUACUAACAAUAAUACGAAUAAUAGCAGUGGCUUUAUGAAUAAUAACUCCAGUGACAUGACGUCACAAAAUAGUCCACGUCGUAGUCCUCGCACUGUUAACACCAACUAUUCGGUAAAUACGAACACUGUUGAAUCAACUUAUAACCCAAUUGAGUCCCGUGCACCAAUAGGCGGCGGUGUACAAGCCUCUGUAUCUGUUCAUUGUUCUUCUAAUUCAGUGAGACCAUUUUCAACCUCGAUACCAUCUACUACGACUACGACUGCUACUAUUUUCUCAGGAAAUGUAGAUUCAACACUUAAAAAUAAAACAUUUAUCCCUUCACGAAUAAAUAAUCGUAGUAGUGUUAGUAAUCAUCAAGCUGUAGCAAUAAGUCAGAAACAUAGUAAUAUUUCUUCUCAUCCACCUCCUCCGCCACUCCCACAACUACAACAGGAAAAAACAGCUGAUUUAAUGCUUGAUGACCAAACGAAUGAGAUGACCAUUAGUGAAUUACGUUCAAUAGCUGAACGCCAACGUCAACAAUUGGCUAGACAGGCUCAACAAUUACAAGCUAGAGAAGAACGUCGUGCAUGGCUUCGUUCGUUGAAUUCACAACGUUCAGCACAAAAUCGAUGUUUUGAAAAUGAAAAGGUCACUUUUAAACCAUCUGAUCUCAGUCAAGAACAAGAAAUCCGAUUGCAUAAAUUACGUGGUUUUCGUGGUCAAACAGAACAAGUUCGUCUGAGCAAUGAAAAUCUAGUAAAAGAAAUUGAUCGAUUAGCAUCACUGUUAUCUGGUAAAGAACGUGAUUUACAAGUUUACCGACAAAGAGCAGAUGAAGCUGAACGUAUGUUAACUUUAAUUAGUCAGUGGCAUAAUGUGAUUGCAAGUGCACGCUGUCAAACAAUAAAUCAAGCCGGAAUGACAACAGUAACAGUUGCAACUAAUCCAACACAUUUAUCGGAUGAAACUCCUUCCUUUUCUCUUAACCUACCUUUUAUGCAACCACCUUUUUUCUCUGAACUAGAUAAGAAACGAUGGCAUGAUGGCCUUGUUGAAGCAGAUCGUUUGGACAGACAAUUCGCUUUAGUGUUUGGGCGUAAACCUCCCAUACAAACAUGGUCUUCCAGUCAGAGUAAUCUACACUUUGUAAAUUCAGUUGUAUCGGAAAAAACACUAGCACCUCACAUUUCGAGUUCACUUCCAUCGGUUACUGUUCCAUCUGCUCCUCUACCAUCUUAUUCAACAUAUCAUCAUAACUACUCGAAAUCUAGGCUCAUUGACGCAAGUCCAAGUGUUCAUGAUAAUCAUUCUUCUCCUCCUCCUUCGACUACCCUUCCACAUAUUCCCAUAUCCCAUUCAACUCCUGUUAUAUCAAGAACACCAGUAACAACAAUUGUUAGUGCGACAUCAUCAAACAAUGCCUUCAGUUCAGUGCUUACACGAGCUAGUAGCCCACCUACAUCUAGUCGUCGGUCAUGCUUCCGCACAUUCAUGCAGUUACAUCCCGGUGUUGGUAUUUGGAGCCCGAAUACCACUACAAACAACAAUAUUAGUUGCAUUAGUAAUAAAGAUAAUAUACUAUCACCUGCUACAGUCCACCCACUGCCUAUUCCACGUAUUAAAGCUCCACCAAGAUAUGCAUCACGUGCUGUAAUUAAUGAUACAUAUAUGCGUCGUAUAUGCCGUGACAGUGUUGAAAAAUAUAAACGUGCAGCUAGUGAAAUUUAUUUAGCUGGUGUGAACAAAUUAAAUGUGAAAUCGUCGUCUCCGUCACUUCAGUCAUCAACACCAACGAUACCAUCUUCUGAAUGGUCAAAUAAUUCAGUUACCUCUGAACACCACCAACAACAAGCAUAUAACAUUAAUUCAAUGAAAACGAAUGAACAGAUUGUGAAGAACACCGAAUCAUCAGACCAAAUCUGUUCUUCUGUAAUACAUCAUCCUAACGAAUCAUAUGAGCCAGAUGUAAUCACUAAUGAAAAUGACGACAAAAUACCUGACCAAAAAGUUCACACUUCUGUCUAUCCAACCACUAGUUUACAUCCAUCGUCCCCAUCCAUUUCACCGUCGUCAUCCUCGUCUUCAUUGGAACUAAUUGGUAUAGAUAUACAACCAGACGAUGAGCACAAAUUGUCUUUAUUAUCCAGUGAGUUUGAUUCACCUGAAGAUGAACAGAAACAAAAUUCUGGUGAUGUAGAUAGUGGUCUAGGCGGUUCCGACCAUACUGUAAAGUCAGAACAUCAACAACCACAAAUUAAAAAAUCAACAUCUAUUUUACAGAUGACAACGAUAAUGACUCCUGAAACUACAACAAUAAAUACAACUAAUGCUACCAUUCAUACUACAAUCAAUAUAACUUCUCCUUCAGCUAUCACUACUGCUAUCGUUCAACGUGGUGAGGUGAACAAACAAGAAAUUUCCCCAGGAAUUAUGGUUUAUGUAGAUGAAGAACACGGAGUAAAUGUCAGCAUGAAUAACAGCUCUUGUAAUUACAUUGAAAGGCAAGUUAAAUCGAUUCUACGUAAAUCAAAAUCUUCCUCAUCACCACCUACCUCAAAACAAAGUUCUAGCUUGGAUGGUAUAACUGAAACAACUCAAUCAUUAACAUCUUCAUCAGGCCAAUCGAAUUCUGUACGAUUUCAUCCAUUAGCUUUAUUGCUCGAUGCUGCAUUGGAAGGUGAUUUGGAAUUAGUGAAAAAAGCAGCUUCUGAGGUUACUGAUGUUUCUGAGUCAAAUGACGAAGGUAUUACUGCAUUACAUAAUGCCGUAUGUGCUGGUCGUGUGGAUGUAGCUGAAUUUCUUGUACUUACAGCUGGUGCUGAUGUUAACGCAGGUGAUACAGAUGGUUGGACACCACUUCAUUGUGCUGCAUCUUGUGGAAAUGUACCUUUAGCUAAAUUAUUAGUUGAACACGGGGCUUCAUUACACGCUCGUACUUUAUCGGACCAGGAAACUCCUUUGGAAAAAUGUGAUCAGGGAGAUGAAGAAGCUGAAUGUGAAGAAUAUCUAUAUUUCCAACAUGAACGUCUUGGUUCUGCGGCAUCUGGUCGGGUUUAUGCACUUUUUCCUCGUGGAAUAGAAGCAGCUGGACCAGGUUCCAUAGAUGCUCAUUUAGAACCAGAUGAAUUGCCGCUUAAACCAAAUGAACUUCUCACUAUAGUUGAUCGUGAGCCACCUGGUGAGAUAGAAUGGAUGUUAGCUGAAAAUUCUGAAGGUCAACGAGGCCUUGUGCCCAGAUCUCAUAUAUCAUGUUAUCCCUUAGUGCGUAUACCACCAUCAAGUUUACCUAUUAUGGAGACGCCUAAAACGUUUUCAAUGAGAUCAACCAUUUGGAAUGAAUUCGACAAUGAUGAUGACGAUGAUGAAAGUGAUGGUGAUGCAAACACAAGCAAGUAUGAUCAGCGUGAAAUGGAAUAUAAACUUCAUGAUGAGAACCAGCUAUUGCCUGAAAGAAUAUCAAAAAUGCAAUUUGUUUCGCCAUCUGAUAAUCUCCUCAAUGAUAAUAAUAACACGAAUAUUAUUACAAGUAAUAACAAUAAUGAUCGUCCUUGUACUAAAGCUACGAUUAAAAUUGAAGAUAUUACUUCAGUUAAGUCUUCAUCAUCAACAUUACCAUUAUCAGCUAAACAUUAUAUACCUCGUCCAUCAUCUGUUGAUUUCACUGGACUUAAAACAGAGGAUCGUCAGUCGUCAGACGAGAUAAUUGAUACAGGUAAUAACAAACAGACUAAAACAAAUGAAACCUGUGAUUUGGCGACAGCAUUUUAAUUAGCUUUUUGAUUAACAGGAAUGUUUGUACACACACACACACACACACACAAAGCCGUAUGUAUUAGUACAUACUUUCAUAUUCUUCAUUUAUUUAUUCAUCUCUUCAUGAAAUGUAAUUUCUCAAUAGUCUCAAUUUUUAUUCAGUUGCAUAUGUUAAUAGUAAUGAUAAUAUUUGUACACAUAUACAGUCUCGGUGAUAUUGGACGGAGUAUAUUAUUAUGUGUAUGCUUGACAUAAAAUAAAACUAAGCGACUAGGAAAUUACUGUAACAAUCAAUCCAUGUGAUUAUGAUGUACAGUAGAAAAAGUGAGUAAUUAUGCUACUCACUAUCCAUCUAUUCUUAUUUACUAAUACAUACAUUUACUACUUAUUGUUCCUAUACCUCAUAGAAAGGGCUGGUGGUAAUAAGUGGGUACACUUUUAUGAUGUGUGUGGUUCAAGUCUUAUUAAGUCUCCAAUCUGUUAUUAUUCAAUUUAAUUUUCAUUUGUUUACUGGUUCACUCUAGUUUAUUUUUCGUUGUUGUUUACUUGUUUACUCAAAAAUGUACAAACAAUUCGUAUAAACUAAUGUAUUACACGAAAACACUUUUAUCUUACUGUAUAAAUUAUUUCCAUUCUGUCUGAAGUGCUACUGAUUUUUUCCUGGAAUACUAUUCCACAUUCUAAUUUAGCUCAAUGCUAUGAACUCUGCUAAUUCGAUGUAUUUCUUUUCAUAACCGAUAUGUAGGGUUUUACGGGUGUUUGUGCGUGUGUAAUAGAAAUCCGCUUUAAAGAGACCUUGACAAAUCAACUCAGUCGAUUUGUUUUGUGGUGAAAAAUAAACAUGACUGACGUUUUCUUUGGUUUUUUUCCCACCACGAUUCUUUACCAUUUAUACAUUUAAUUUGGAAGCAGUCGAUUUUACAUAAACAAAAAGACACAAAUAUCGAUGUAUGCCCUGGUAUAUAUAUUUCAAUGUCAACGAACCGUAGAUAAAUAUGCCCUUUUUUAUUUUACUUUCGUUGAAUCUCAUCGUUUUUUGUUUGUUGUGAUUUUGCAUAAUGAUUUAGCUAUUUUUCUCUUGCCUAGUUUCUUUCAUUUUCAUACUUCAACAUGAAAUAAUUUUGAAAUAUUUUAUGCUGUGUUAUUAUUUGAUCUUUUUUCUGGAUUGUCUUUAGAUGACUGUUGCCAUCCUCUCUCUCCCUCCCCGCUCGAAUGUUAUAAUUACUUGUUUUCAAUCAAGUGUAUGCGUAAAAUGAACUAUAACGAAUCACUUUCACUCUGAUUGUUUUUUAUCGUGACCACUGCCUUGCGUGUUCCAAUCUUUACAGUGCCGUUUCUGAUGCCUCUCUUUUCUAUACUUUGCUGUGUUUCUGUAUCCCUAUCUCAACACUGCUUACUUUGUGCUGUAUAUGUGCGUGUGUGCCUUUUCUCCUUUUCGAGUCUAGUUUUGUCGUUUCUUGGUAUUAGGUUUCCUUCCUCAAUUUCUCUUUUCCUUAUCUUCUUUGUUUCCAACAUAGUAAUAUCUUAUAUUUUCAUUGCCGUCUCUCUCUUCAUCUGCUAUUUAUUGUUCCCUUUUCUUCAAACGCUCGAGAAAAGACUUAUAAAACUAUCAAACAGAUUUCUGUAUUUAAACCAACAUGUCAUAUGUCUGUGUGUAUAGUUUUUCACACAUUAUCUUAUUUGUAUUGUAUUUUCUAACUUACACCAGAAUUUCCAUUGCGUAUGUACAAUUCAGAGAGAAACUAUAUUGAUAAGAUAAACACAUUCAUUACUCAAUAAAUAAAACUGUUUGAAUUUUA